CACACACACACACACACACACACACACACACACGCGCAGAGCAGAUAUUUACAUAGAGCAGCAAACAGGAGCGAGAAUCUUUGAUUGACGGAAUCAGCUUUGAGCGACUGAUGCUCAGCAGGUAGAGCUGUUAACAGAUGUCAUGGUACACCAAAUGACACCCACAUUUCACCAUAAUUACACUGUUAUUACACCCAUUUCACAAAUGGAAACAGCCUGUCAAAUGAAUGCAUAAAGGGUUCACUGUGAGUCCAUUAAGCUGCUGAAAUAAGCAGAUUUUUUCAAUGAGCCAUUACAUCAUUAUAAGCUGGUGUUGUUUGUUCCUGCUGCCCUCAAAUGCCCAGACAAAUGAAGGCCUGAAUGUGUGCUGUUGGUGGGCUGCCUGACGGAGUGUGUGUUGUCACAGAUGCUGCUGGAUAAGUUGGGCACAGCGCUGCAUGCAGAGUCUGCUGGGGCGGUCCUGACCACAGGGACUAACUGGGAGGAUCUGGAGAUCCAGGAGGAGGCGGAGUCAGGGAGCAGCGUGACAUCCAAGAUCCGUCUUCCAGUCCAGCCGUCCUGGUUUGUGCAGUCGCUGCUGUUCCAGCUGUGUGUGGAGGUAAACAGGGUGGGGGGGCACGCCCUGCCCCGGCCCACCCUGCAGGAGCUGCUGCAGACCUGUCUGGAUCAGGCCCUGCAGCACUACCACAGCCUCACACAGCGGGCCCCCAGCACGGAGGGAGUGUUCCCCAUGACUCAGAACAGAGCCCUGCAGCUGCUGUUUGACCUGCGGUACCUGAACUCAACCCUGGGCAGCAGACAGGAAGAGGGCAAAAGCUCCAGAUCCCACCAAGACCCCAGAUUCCACGACGUCUGUGAUUGGCUGGAGGGCUACAUCGACCCAUUUGACCUGGACGUGUUCACCCCCCCGCUGAACACCAACCUCAACCGCAUGUCCCAGAGGACUUCGGUGCUGCUGGGCCUGCUGACAGGCUCCGAGAAGCAGUUCCCCUCGCGGAGCAGCAGUGUGAACUCCCAGGAGCCGUACAACAUCCUGCCACUGGCCAGCAGCCAGAUCAGGUUCGGGUUGCUACCUCUCAGCAUGUCCAAUGUGCGUAAACCCAAGUCGGCCUCCCGGAGCUCUGAGGCUCCUCACCACAUGCAGACGCCUCCCCCCCCCUCCUCCACAGCGGGUGAGGACAGCUUCCGGCCGGGCAGCCUCUUCAGACAGCUGGCUGCUCAGGACGAGGACUCUGCCACUCCCUCUCUGUUCAAACUCAGCUGGCUGUCUGGCAUGGCCAAAUAACCCUUUAUGCACAACACUUUUUAUUUGACUUUGCAGAAACUUUGUAAAAAUAAUAUAUAGUAAAACAAGUUUGUCUUUGAGACGUGUGUGUUGUGUGAUUGAAUUCACCUGGGCUUAGAGCAAAGGAUUUCAACCAAGGAGGAGAUCAGGGAUUUGUCCUUUGCUGAAAUAUUGAUUUGCAUUUAGCAUUUGCUGUGCUUCAGUACAACUUCCGGAGCAAAAAGGUAUAGCCAAUGCGGAAGUGCCUUAAACCUGCAUCAAGUCAGAUUAUAUUAACUUACUCAAAAUCUACCUAAUGAAUUUAUGGUCACAAUUGAUAGUUUCUUUUUGUAAAACGUGUCCCAUUUAGAGUAAACAAGAGACCAUAAUACAGAGUAUACUUAACGAGUAGCCACCUGGUCGUUGAUGCUUCUCAUUCUUUGACUGCAACCCUUGUUACAGCUUUAUUUGGUCAAUCAUUUAAUAUUAAUGUUGUUAUAUUCUUAUUAUCAUUAGUAACAUGAUAGUUUGUAACUAAGAUGGAAUGUACAGCAAAUCCAAACGACUUGCUGUGGAACACAGUAGUUCAUAGUAUACACUGUAGUAGAGGUUAUUACAACUAUUAACACACACAAGUCUGUUCUAACCCGAUUACAUGUAUUCACUUGUAGCUUCCAGCUACUGACAUGCAUUAGGACACUUUGACUAUAACUGGAGCAAUGGUUUACAUUUAUUACAAAUAAAUCUCUUGAAUAUGA